GACGAUGGCGGGUCUGGCAGUGCGGGACCCUGCGGUAGAUCGAUCCCUGCGCUCCGUGUUCGUGGGCAACAUUCCAUAUGAAGCUACAGAAGAACAGCUAAAGGAUAUCUUCUCAGAAGUUGGACCAGUUGUCAGUUUCAGAUUGGUAUAUGAUCGGGAGACAGGAAAACCAAAGGGUUAUGGCUUCUGUGAGUAUCAGGACCAAGAAACGGCCCUCAGUGCUAUGCGGAACCUGAAUGGCCGUGAGUUCAGUGGGAGAGCGCUUCGAGUAGACAACGCUGCUAGUGAGAAGAACAAAGAGGAACUAAAGAGCCUUGGCACUGGUGCCCCUAUCAUUGAAUCUCCCUAUGGAGACCCCAUCAGCCCUGAAGAUGCCCCAGAAUCCAUUAGCAGAGCAGUUGCCAGUCUGCCACCAGAACAGAUGUUUGAGCUGAUGAAGCAGAUGAAGCUUUGUGUCCAGAAUAGUCCCCAAGAAGCACGGAACAUGCUGCUCCAGAACCCCCAGCUAGCCUAUGCUUUGCUACAGGCCCAAGUAGUGAUGCGCAUUGUGGAUCCAGAGAUUGCACUGAUUUUGCAUCGGCAAGCAAAUAUCCCAUCUCUGAUUCAAGGUAACCCGCAGCCCAGCCAAGGACCUAGUGCGCCAGUGAACCAGCCGAGUACUCCAGCCUCUCAACCGCAGCCCUUGGGUGGAAUGCAUGUGAAUGGAGCUCCUCCUCUGAUGCAACCACCUCUGCCAGGUGGUGUUCCUGCACCAAGAGCACUGCCCACUGCAGGACCUGGGCCUGGCCCCUUGGCUCCUGGAGGUGGGAUGCAGUCCAAGGUUGGAAUGCCAGGUGGUGGGCCAGUAUCCCUAGACCGGGGGCAAGGGACCCUACAGCACUCGCCCGUGGGACCCGCCGGGCCUGCACCAAUUGAGCGAGUUCAAGGUACCCACGUGGCAAUGCCAGACCCCAGAGCCCCUAUGCAACGUGGACCUAUGCCUGCUGGCGCCCCACCUCCCCGAGGUCUUUUAGGAGAUGCUCCAAAUGACCCACGUGGAGGGACUUUGCUCUCAGUCACUGGAGAAGUAGAACCCAGAGGUUACCUGGGGCCACCCCAUCAGGGUCCUCCCAUGCACCACGUCCCUGGCCAUGACAGUCGUGGCCCUCCCCACGAGAUGAGGGGAGGGCCACUGGGAGAGCCUCGGCCUCUAAUGGGAGAGCCUAGGGGACCCAUGUUGGAUCAGAGGGGUCCACCCAUGGAUGGCAGAGGCGGAAGAGACCCAAGAGGGCUGGAGGCCCGAGCCAUGGAGGCCCGAGGCAUGAAUGCCAGAGCGAUGGAAGCCAGGGGAAUGGAGGCCCGAAGUUUGGAAUCAAGGGCCAUGGAGGCUAGGGGCAUAGAUACAAGAACAAUGGAGACAAGAGGCCCUGGCCCCAGAGGCCCAAUGCCUGGGGGACUCCAGGGACCUGGGCCAAUCAGCAUGGGAGCAGGUGGCCCACAGGGUCCCAGGCAGGUCCCAGGCAUGCAGGGAUCUGGUCUGCAAGGCGGAGGUCAGCCUGGGGGAUUUAGUCCUGGACAGAACCAAGUUACUCCACAGGAUCAUGAAAAGGCCGCUUUGAUUAUGCAAGUGCUCCAACUGACCGCAGACCAAAUUGCUAUGCUGCCUCCUGAGCAACGGCAGAGUAUCCUGAUUUUAAAGGAACAGAUACAAAAAUCGACUGGCGCCCCUUGAGUGGUGAGCAAAUGGAUGCCCUGCUGGAGAGGGCAAAGGGCUGGGGGAUUCUGCUUGGGUCGCUUCCAUGCUCACCUAGGAUGCUCAGCAUGAGGACCUUUGCUUGUUCCUCCCGAUCUCUACUCUGCUUCUACAGGGCCAGUCCAGCCCCUGUGGGGUGGGGUGAUACUGUAGGCUGUUGGCCCAUUGUUUUGUGUAGUUAAUCACCUCAGAUAUGCAUUUCAAUAAAUGCCUAUGUAUCUUAGUAACCAGUAUAUUUACUUCUGAAGCAAAUUCUGAUGUGAGAAUAAUAGAACAUGUAGCCAAGGAAGCAGAUGGUCAAAAAAAAUCCACCAUAAACUCCAACACGUUUUAGAAGGGUUCUUACGGGCUGAUACAUGGCUCACCACACAUUAUCAUGCUUUCUCCUUGUCAUACUCAUCUUCCAAAUAAACUCAUCAUGACA